AUGGACAGAGAGAGCCGAAGCGAAGAGCAGACCUCGCUCGGCUCGCAGCAUCGGUUCCAGUCGCCGGACCCUUCCAAAGCGAUACUCCAUGAGCCCCAGCAGCCUGGCCCGCCUGAGAGGGCGGCAUCUUCCUCGCCAAGGCAAGAGUUCAUGCGAGCGCAAGCUACUCCAGCACGAUGUGCACAGCCAGAAGUUUUGAAAACCUUGCGCAGGUCGGCAGUCGCUGAGGAGCCUGCGUCAAGGGCGAGCCUUGAGGAGGAAGGCGCAGACGCGUGCCAAGAGGGUGCCGCCGGCGCUUCUACGUGCCCGCCAAGCUCAGAGGCAAAGCCUGAAGAGGCGGAAGUAGAGGUAAAAAACGAGGUAAAGAAGGUUCAAAGACCUGCGCCCAAGCGCCUACAGCCUGGUGCCCUGGUUGGCGCAGUGCUGACCGCAGUGUCGGUAGUGGUCGCUGCAUUCUCUGCGAUAGUUCAACUGGUGACGCCGGCGCAUCUUCCACCCAUACACCUGCACUUCCAACACACAGCCCGGGACCAUCUUCCUGCGGACAUUUCGCGCGACCAGGUGCUUGAGUUCAUUCGCUCAAAGUCAAGUUACCCAGAGAGGUGGCAGAUACUGGAUGAACGAACUUUGGGGAGCGAUGCCCAAGAAGUUGCAGGACCCAUCGUGUAUGCGACCACCUCUACAUCUACCCGCUGGGAGGAGACCCUCUUUGUCGAGCGCCAGUUCAGGCUACUCCAAAAGAGGGUCCGCGCAUUGCUUUUGAUCCGCGUGGCCCCACCUGAGCAGUGUGCAGACCGGGAGGAGCGCGAUGGUGUCGAGGAGUUCAUCUCAGACCAUGACACCUACCGGCACUUCCGAAAUUUCACCGACCCGGUGUGGAUUUGCUCCUGGGAUGGGGCGCUCAACGAGGAUGCUGAGAUGAGGAGAUCCCUCAAGCGCCUGGACAAGGCGCUCCUGUCCCAAUAG